UGCUCUGAUGAAGAUCAAGCACGUGAGCAACUUUGUCCGGAAGUAUUCUGACACCAUCGCUGAGUUACAGGAGCUCCAGCCUUCAGCCAAGGACUUUGAAGUCCGAAGUCUUGUGGGUUGUGGUCACUUUGCCGAAGUGCAGGUGGUAAGGGAGCGAGCAACCGGGGACAUCUAUGCCAUGAAAGUCAUGAAGAAGAAGACCUUGUUGGCCCAAGAGCAGGUUUCAUUUUUUGAGGAAGAACGGAACAUAUUAUCUCGGAGCACAAGCCCUUGGAUCCCCCAGUUACAGUACGCCUUUCAGGACAAAAAUAACCUUUAUCUGGUCAUGGAAUAUCAGCCUGGAGGGGACUUGCUGUCACUUUUGAAUAGAUAUGAGGACCAAUUAGAUGAAAAUAUGAUUCAGUUUUACCUAGCCGAACUGAUUUUGGCUGUUCACAGCAUUCAUCAGAUGGGAUAUGUGCAUCGAGACAUCAAGCCUGAGAACAUUCUCAUUGACCGAACAGGACACAUCAAGCUUGUGGAUUUUGGAUCAGCGGCUAAAAUGAACUCAAAUAAGAUGGUGAACGCCAAACUCCCGAUUGGGACUCCAGAUUACAUGGCCCCUGAAGUGUUGACCGUGAUGAAUGGGGAUGGGAAAGGCGCCUACAGUCUCGACUGUGACUGGUGGUCGGUGGGAGUGGUCGCCUAUGAAAUGGUUUAUGGAAGGUCCCCGUUCACUGAGGGAACCUCAGCCAGAACCUUCAGUAACAUCAUGAAUUUCCAGCGGUUUUUGAAGUUUCCCGAUGACCCCAAAGUUAGCAGUGAAUUACUUGAUCUGAUUCAGAGUUUGCUGUGUGGCCAGAAAGAGAGACUGAAGUUUGAAGGCCUUUGCUGCCACCCUUUCUUCUCUAAAACUGACUGGAAUAACAUCCGUAACUCUCCUCCCCCCUUCGUUCCCACCCUCAAGUCUGAUGAUGACACCUCCAAUUUUGAUGAACCAGAGAAGAAUUCGGGGGUUUCAUCCUCUCCGUGCCAGCUGAACCUCUCAGGUUUCUCGGGCGAAGAACUGCCGUUUGUGGGGUUUUCGUAUAGCAAGGCACUGGGGACUCUUGGUAGAUCUGAGUCUGUCGUGUCAAGUCUGGACUCCCCUGCCAAGACUAGCUCCAUGGAAAAGAAACUUCUCAUCAAAAGCAAAGAGCUGCAAGACUCCCAGGACAAGUGUCACAAGAUGGAGCAGGAAAUGACCCGGUUACAUCGGAGAGUGUCAGAGGUGGAGGCUGUGCUUAGUCAGAAGGAGGUGGAGCUGAAGGCCUCUGAGACUCAGAGAUCCCUCCUGGAGCAGGACCUUGCUACCUACAUCACAGAAUGCAGUAGCUUAAAGCGAAGUUUGGAGCAAGCACGGAUGGAGGUGUCCCAGGAGGAUGACAAAGCACUGCAGCUUCUCCAUGAUAUCAGAGAGCAGAGCCGGAAGCUCCAGGAAAUCAAAGAGCAGGAGUACCAGGCUCAAGUGGAAGAAAUGAGGUUGAUGAUGAAUCAGUUAGAAGAGGACCUUGUUUCGGCAAGGAGACGGAGUGAUCUCUAUGAAUCGGAGUUGAGAGAGUCUCGGCUCGCUGCUGAAGAGUUCAAGCGGAAAGCGACAGAAUGUCAGCAUAAACUAAUGAAGGCUAAGGAUCAAGGGAAGCCUGAAGUGGGAGAAUAUUCCAAACUGGAGAAGAUCAAUGCUGAGCAACAGCUCAAAAUUCAGGAGCUCCAAGAGAAGCUGGAAAAGGCUGUAAAAGCCAGCACAGAGGCCACCGAACUGCUGCAGAAUAUCCGCCAGGCGAAGGAGCGAGCCGAGCGCGAGCUGGAGAAGCUGCAGAACCGGGAGGACUCCUCUGAAGGCAUAAAAAAGAAGCUGGUGGAGGCCGAGGAACGCCGCCAUUCUCUGGAGAACAAGGUAAAGAGGCUAGAGACCAUGGAGCGUAGAGAAAACAGACUGAAGGAUGACAUCCAGACAAAAUCCCAACAGAUCCAGCAGAUGGCUGAUAAAAUUCUGGAGCUGGAGGAGAAGCACCGUGAGGCCCAGGUCUCAGCCCAGCACCUAGAGGUGCACCUGAAACAGAAAGAACAGCACUACGAGGAAAAAAUUAAAGUGUUGGACAACCAGAUAAAGAAAGACCUGGCCGAUAAAGAGACUCUGGAGAAUCUGAUGCAGAGACACGAAGAGGAGGCCCAUGAGAAGGGCAAAAUUCUCAGCGAGCAGAAGGCGAUGAUCAAUGCUAUGGAUUCCAAGAUCAGAUCCCUGGAACAGAGGAUUGUGGAACUCUCAGAAGCCAACAAACUUGCGGCAAACAGCAGUCUUUUUACCCAGAGGAACAUGAAGGCCCAGGAAGAGAUGAUUUCUGAGCUCAGGCAACAGAAGUUCUACCUGGAGACACAGGCGGGGAAGCUGGAGGCCCAGAACCGGAAGCUGGAGGAACAGCUGGAGAAAAUCAGCCACCAAGACCACAGUGACAAGAAUCGGCUGCUGGAGCUGGAGACAAGGUUGAGGGAGGUCAGCCUAGAGCAUGAGGAGCAGAAACUGGAGCUAAAGCGCCAGCUCACAGAGCUGCAGCUCUCGCUGCAGGAGCGCGAGUCCCAGCUGACAGCCCUGCAGGCUGCCCGGGCAGCCCUGGAGAGCCAACUGCGCCAGGCCAAGACCGAACUGGAAGAGACCACGGCAGAGGCGGAAGAGGAGAUCCAGGCGCUCACGGCCCAUAGAGAUGAAAUCCAGCGCAAAUUUGAUGCCCUUCGUAACAGCUGUACUGUAAUCACAGACCUGGAGGAGCAGCUAAACCAGCUGACCGAGGACAACGCUGAGCUCAACAACCAAAAUUUCUACUUGUCCAAACAACUCGACGAGGCUUCCGGCGCCAACGAUGAGAUAGUACAACUACGAAGUGAAGUAGACCAUCUCCGCCGUGAGAUUACGGAGAGGGAGAUGCAGCUCACAAGCCAGAAGCAAACGAUGGAGGCUCUGAAGACCACUUGCACGAUGCUGGAAGAACAGGUCAUGGACCUGGAGGCCCUGAAUGAUGAGCUGCUGGAAAAAGAGCGGCAGUGGGAGGCGUGGAGGAGCGUCCUUGGUGACGAGAAGUCCCAGUUUGAGUGUCGGGUCCGAGAGUUACAGAGGAUGCUGGACACCGAGAAGCAGAGCAGGGCGCGGGCCGACCAGCGGAUCACCGAGUCACGCCAGGUGGUGGAGCUGGCGGUGAAGGAGCACAAGGCUGAGAUCCUUGCUCUGCAGCAGGCCCUCAAAGAGCAGAAGCUGAAAGCUGAGAGCCUCUCUGACAAGCUCAAUGACCUGGAGAAGAAACAUGCCAUGCUUGAAAUGAACGCCCGCAGUUUACAGCAGAAACUGGAGACUGAACGGGAGCUCAAACAGAGGCUUCUGGAAGAGCAAGCCAAAUUACAGCAGCAGAUGGACCUGCAGAAGAAUCACAUCUUCCGUUUGACUCAAGGGCUGCAAGAAGCUCUGGACCGGGCUGAUCUGCUGAAGACCGAAAGGAGCGAUCUGGAAUACCAGCUAGAAAACAUUCAGGUUCUCUAUUCUCACGAAAAGGUGAAAAUGGAAGGUACUAUUUCUCAACAAACCAAACUCAUUGACUUUCUGCAAGCCAAAAUGGACCAGCCCGCUAAGAAGAAAAAGGUUCCUCUGCAGUACAAUGAGCUGAAGGUGGCCCUGGAGAAGGAGAAAGCUCGCUGUGCAGAGCUAGAGGAAGCCCUUCAGAAGACCCGCAUCGAGCUCCGGUCUGCCCGGGAGGAAGCUGCCCACCGGAAGGCCACAGACCACCCGCACCCGUCUACGCCAGCCACCGCGAGGCAGCAGAUCGCCAUGUCCGCUCUCGUGCGGUCACCCGAGCACCAGCCCAGUGCCAUGAGCCUGCUCGCCCCGCCAUCCAGCCGCAGGAAGGAGUCGUCCACUCCGGAGGAAUUCAGUCGGCGUCUUAAGGAGCGCAUGCACCACAAUAUUCCUCACCGAUUUAACGUAGGAUUAAACAUGCGAGCCACAAAGUGUGCUGUGUGUCUGGAUACUGUGCACUUUGGGCGUCAGGCAUCCAAAUGUCUUGAAUGUCAGGUGAUGUGUCAUCCCAAGUGCUCCACGUGCUUGCCAGCCACCUGUGGCCUGCCAGCCGAGUAUGCCACACACUUCACCGAGGCCUUCUGCCGCGACAAAAUGAACUCCCCGGGUCUCCAGACCAAGGAGCCCAGCAGUGGCUUGCACCUGGAAGGGUGGAUGAAGGUGCCCAGGAAUAACAAACGAGGACAGCAAGGCUGGGACCGGAAAUACAUUGUCCUGGAGGGAUCCAAAGUCCUCAUUUAUGACAAUGAAGCCAGAGAAGCUGGACAGAGGCCGCUGGAAGAAUUUGAGCUGUGCCUUCCCGACGGGGACGUAUCUAUUCACGGCGCCGUUGGUGCUUCUGAGCUUGCAAACACAGCCAAAGCAGAUGUCCCCUACGUACUGAAGAUGGAGUCUCACCCGCACACCACCUGCUGGCCCGGGAGAACGCUCUACUUGCUGGCUCCCAGCUUCCCUGACAAACAGCGCUGGGUCACUGCCUUAGAGUCCGUUGUCGCAGGUGGGAGAGUUUCUAGGGAAAAAGCAGAAGCCGAUGCUGGCGGCGACCGUCUCUCCUACGAGCUUCUGCCUGCGUGGGUUCAGAAAUUGCUUGGAAACUCCCUGCUGAAACUGGAAGGUGAUGACCGUCUGGACAUGAACUGCACGCUGCCCUUCAGCGACCAGGUGGUGUUGGUGGGCACUGAGGAAGGGCUCUACGCACUGAAUGUCUUGAAGAACUCCCUCACCCAUGUCCCCGGAAUUGGAGCGGUCUUCCAAAUUUAUAUCAUCAAGGACCUGGAGAAGCUCCUCAUGAUAGCAGGAGAAGAGCGGGCUCUGUGCCUUGUUGACGUGAAGAAAGUGAAGCAGUCCCUCGCACAAGCUCACCUUCCCGCCCAGCCCGACAUCUCCCCCAACGUUUUCGAAGCCGUGAAGGGCUGCCACUUAUUUGCUGCCGGCAAGAUUGAGAACGGGCUCUGCAUCUGCGCAGCCACGCCCAGCAAAGUUGUCCUCCUCCGCUACAACGAAAACCUCAGCAAGUACUGCAUUCGGAAAGAGAUAGAGACCUCAGAGCCCUGCAGCUGCAUCCACUUCACCAAUUACAGUAUCCUCAUUGGAACCAAUAAAUUCUACGAAAUUGACAUGAAGCAGUACACGCUUGAGGAAUUCCUGGAUAAGAAUGACCAUUCCUUGGCGCCUGCUGUGUUUGCCUCCUCUUCCAACAGUUUCCCUGUCUCGAUCGUGCAGGUGAACAGCGCAGGGCAGCGGGAGGAAUACCUGCUCUGCUUCCACGAAUUUGGGGUGUUCGUGGAUUCUUACGGAAGACGUAGCCGCACAGACGAUCUCAAGUGGAGUCGCUUACCUUUGGCCUUUGCCUACAGAGAACCCUAUCUGUUUGUGACCCACUUCAACUCACUCGAAGUCAUUGAGAUCCAGGCACGCUCCUCUCUGGGGACUCCUGCCCGAGCGUAUUUGGAAAUCCCGAACCCACGCUACUUGGGCCCUGCAAUUUCCUCAGGAGCGAUUUACCUGGCGUCCUCAUACCAGGAUAAAUUACGGGUCAUUUGCUGCAAAGGAAACCUCGUGAAGGAGUCCGGCACUGACCACCACCGGGGCCCCCCCACCUCCCGCAGCCCCAACAAGCGAGGCCCGCCAACGUACAACGAGCACAUCACCAAGCGUGUGGCCUCUAGCCCGGCACCACCGGAAGGCCCCAGCCACCCGCGAGAGCCAAGCACACCCCACCGCUACCGAGAGGGGCGGACAGAGCUGCGCAGGGACAAGUCUCCCGGCCGCCCCCUGGAGCGGGAGAAGUCCCCAGGCCGGAUGCUCAGCACACGGAGGGAACGCUCCCCUGGGAGGCUGUUUGAAGACAGCAGCCGGGGCCGGCUGCCUGUGGGAGCCGUGAGGACCCCACUGUCCCAGGUCAACAAGGUCUGGGACCAGUCUUCAGUGUAAAUCUCAGCCAGGAAAACCAACUCCUCAUCUUAAUCUGCAGGAAAACACCAAACACUCUAAGGAACUCUGCUGAAGGGGCCCCCAGCACCCAUCUGCUCAGCCACCCCAAGGCACAGCUGGGCCCAGAGCCACCUCAGUGUGGACACCCUGCAUCCAGGCGGUGCAGGGGCCGAGGCUCUUAGGAGCUGUCAGCGCCUUCCUGCAGUCAUCCUCCGUGCACUUUGUUACUCUUUCAGAGCAUUCAUAAACUUUUAUACCUAGCUCUAGCCUCUACCGGUUCAUCAAAGGAAACCAACCUGCGCUAACUACAACGUGGUUAGAAUCCUAUUGAAUAGCUACUUUAAGAUCCUAGGGUUGGUUGGAUUUCCUUUUUUUUUUUUUUUUUUUUUUAAGACAACAGAAUUCUUAAUAGAUUUGAAUAGCAAUGUAUUUCCCGUUGUAGUUAUUUUUAGCUAGAUCACACCAUCGGGUCUUUGCUCCGGAAACGUAUUGUGGAAGAGUCCCCGCCAGUUGGCCAACCUCCUGAGCUCAUGUAGGUUCAUUCUUAUCCCAGUCCAUUCUCACAGAUGGCCCUGUUUUACCCAGGGUGACAUCUUAGCCAAAUGUUUACUGUUCUCAUUGCCUUUUAUGGCCUUGACGACUUCCCCUCCCACCAGCUGAGAAUGUACGGAGGUCAUCAGGCCUCAGCUUGGAGGCAGUGACUUGGGGCCAUGGGCCCUCGAGGAGCUCUCCCUCCCUGCCCCUCCGCGUCAUCUCCCCAGCCUGCUGUCCCUGCUUUCCACAUAGCUUUGGCCAGGAAAGCAUGCAAUAGACUUGCUCGGAGCCCAGCAUUAAGGAGUCUCUGGGUCCAGGAGGGGACUGGGGGCGCCCACCUCCUGUCCAUGACAGUGCAUUGUUUCCCACCCUGGGAUGGGAAGAGACCCAUCCGGGAGUUCUGCAUGGCGGUUCACUGCAUGUGCUGCCCCCCCCCCCGACCUGGCUGCCCCCCUUGGGUUGCUCUGCCGAAGUACUAGUACCAUACCACAGCUCCCGCUGAAUUGAGACCCUCUGACCACUUGCCAACUCACUGGCCACAAGCUGCAGUCUGUAGCACUGAACAACCAACCAAACGCUCAAGCCUUACGACCAGAGAAGGAUUUCAGCAAACCACCAACUCACACUUUCCCGCUUUCCUGCCGACUCCCUCGUGGAUGACUCUGUUCACACACAAUCCAGCACGGUUCUACCCCCACGAAACUGUGACUUCCCAAGGGAGCCUUUCCCUAGGGCUAGACGAAGACCAGGAAGUUCGAGAGCACCGCGGCCCCUCCUCCGCCUCUGCUGGGGUUGGGAGGUCCUCAGGUGCAGUGCAGCGCACACGGGUUCUCUCUACCCGCUACCAGAAUGCAAAAUUCCUGGCAACUGGUAAAGCAGCAACCUAGAGGCUUUGCAGUUGGCAAGCUAACUAGCGGCCUUAUUUCUGCCUUUAAUCUCCCAUAAGGCAUCUCUUGCUUCAGAUUCUCCAUGACUCUUUUAGGCAGGCCUCAAACACCAAGGCACAUCCUAGGUAGGCUGAAAGGUAGACCUGUUUCCACCACCGCAGGUGAACAUAACCACAUUUCCACCCACGUUGUCCACAGUUCAGAUCACUUUCCAGAUUGCAACCUGGCCCAAAUCCCAGCUCCUUCCUGCUCGUCUCUUAACCUAAGUGCUUUCUUGUUUGGAACGCCUGUGUCCCUCCCUCGUGUUGUUAACGGCCUUGGCAGGUGUCACACUGUUGUUUUAUGUGUUGCUUGGAGUCUUUGGGGUCAUACCGCAUCCCCUCCCUUCCCCAGGGCAGAUCAGACUGAAUGUUUGCUGAAGUUUUUGUCUCUUGGUCCACAAGUAUUUGGAAAGGUCACUGAAAACUGGUCUUUCAGUCUUGGCAUUUCAUUUCGGAUCUCCAUGAGAAAUGGGCUUCUUGAGCCUGGAAAGUGUAUAUCGUGUGUCUCAUUUGUGAAAUGCUUCCUGCUAUAGAACUAGCUCUAAAGACUGUACAUAUUUACAAGAAACUUUAUAUUCGUAAAAAAAAAAAAAAAGGAAAUUGAAUUGGUUUCUACUUUUUUAUUGUAAAAGGUGCAUUUUUCAACACUUACCUUUGGUUUCAACGGUGGUAGUUGUGGACAGCCAUCUUCACUGCAGGGUGGGGAGCUCCGUGGGACCACCAAGAUGCCAGCAGGAAAUACCGGACCACGAAAUUGCAGUCAAAAGCUUAUUAGCAUAAGUAAGAUUCUAGGUCUCCAAAAGUACAGGCUUUUUCUUCAUUACCUUUUUUAUUCAGGAUGAGGAAAAGAACACAGGGAACAAUUCAAGAUCCACCUGGAGAGGAAUGAACUUUGUUGUUAAACAAUAGUGAAAUAAAGCAAUGAUCUAAAAUGUU